AUGAAGGCAAUAUUUGAAGAAAAGAAGAGGAAAAGGACUGAAAAAGAGGAAAAUACUAAAAAAAAUAAAAAGGCGGUAAUAAAUAAAAUUGCACCGAAGGUAAAUGUAACAAACGGAAACUUACCAAAGAUAGAGAGGUUAAAAGCAAGAAGACCACAACCAGAAAGAAAGGGGCCAAAAAGGCAAAAAAAAAAAUUGUUUAAUAGUGAUGAUGAAGAUUCAUCUGAUGAUCAAAUUGACGAAUGUACAAUUUGCGACGACGAGUCAGAAUACUCAGAAGAGGAAACUUUAUGUGCAAUUUGCUUAGACACGGGAAAAAUAACCAUCAGUCAGUUGACGGGUCAACAGGGCGCCCUCGUGGUGCAAGCGUUCUUUGAGAAUAAUAGUUCUUAUGUCACUGUGCAACGUUUAUUUCGAGUCAAAUAUGGAUUCCGGCGUAUUAAUCAGUGCCCUAGUACUAAUGAAGCAAUGGUUGAGGAGGUUUCAAGAAACCGGUUCCACAUUGCCAACAAGACGUCAAGGUCGCCCGCGGACAGUACGAACAGAUCAAGGCAUCGAGGAAAACCGAAAGAGGAAGUGGUGGAUAAUGUUGAUGAGAAGAUAAGAGUUUUACGAAGAAAAUUGGCAGAUUUAGAAGCUACGCAGAUUAAAAAAGAUGGGACCAAGCGGUUCCGCCAGCAUGAUGAGAUCACCGGCGAGGUUGUCAGGCACGACGAUGUUGCCAAACCUGAUGAUAGAUGCCGACACGACGAUGUCGCCAAACCUGCUGUUAGACAAAGGCACGCUGAUGUUGCCAAAUCUCAAACAUGUUUGGAGUCUGAUAGUUCUAGUCGUCGUCCUGUUACGAGUCGUACGAGGUCUAAAUCGCGAGAACACGAGGAGGAUGUUCCGUAUCAAUCUUCGAAUUUUAACGACCCUCCGAGUCAACAAAAUAAUGAUGGAAAAUAUUCAAAUGUAGAUUCCGAGGAGGAAGCCUCGCUUGCAUCAUUGGCUCACAUUUUAAGGCGGCAGUCCGCUUUGUUAGCCCAUAUAGGCGCGAGGACGUCGCCUUUACCCCUCAGACUCAGGAUGAAGACUUUAUUAGUGACCAGUUAUCAUGGGUCAGUGGCGAUCCUAACUCUGAUUGCGCAGAUUAGCGCGGCUAUAUCGGCUAUUGGUUUGGCGGUUACUAACCUUUUGAAAAGGAAAAAGGAGCGGGAUGUAGGAGCUAUUCAUCAACUGGGCGAAGCUGGGAGGCUGCUAACUGAUUUAUUUCAUCAGGAGAAACUCUCGCGUCGAGAGCUAGCAGCACUGAACCUCAACAAAGGUCUGAAGGACACUUUUCUUAAUGCGCCAACUGAUGAAUCGCUUUUUGGGAAAGACCUAGAAGACAGGUUCGCCUCGAACAAUCCAAGGGCUGCGACGAGGCGGACGCCCGCAAUAUCAGCAGCCUCGACGAGAUCACAAAAGCCGGGACACAGGGUAUUACAAGCAGGAGAAGCAAACAGAGUAGGCGAGACACCGUCAGUAGAUUCUAAGGUUGGUAAAAUCGCUGCGCGGAACCAGCCGAGCUCCGCGACGAUGACAUCUGGAACCAGAAAGACGAUACGACGACAGCGCGAGGUCCGCCCACGCUCCCUCAACGACGACGGCGUCGAUGCAGUAUGCCGAGAUGAGGAGGUUGCAGGGAACAAGCAUCGCUGUGAGGGUCAGGUCAUAGGAGACUUGACUUCUCCAGUCCCACUCUGUCCGGCCACACAGGCCCAGGGUCAAGGUAGGUGCAGUGAUAUUGAUCUCCAUGUGACUUCUCCACCUGACGUUAAUUCCGCGCCGGUGGUACAGACAUUCAGCACGGCACCAGCUCUCGGUGCAAAAUGGGGAGCCUUCCUCGACUGUCUUGCCGUCUCCUCCAACCAAGAGUCUCAAAACUUAUUUGAUCGUGUCGCCGAUCCUAGAAUCGACAACAUAGAUUCGAAUCCGAAUCUCCAGGUCGGCCUCCCUGGCGAGGAUGCCGACGCGGUGCGACGUGCCGCGAUCGCAAGCACGCGUUUUACACGCGAUGCGAUCGUGGGCGCGCACCCCCAAGCGACCAACAGCGUUGCGAGGACUGCAGGGAACAGUGUGAAGCUGUUUACCAACACACCGGCAGACUACCGUCAGCUAGUAACCCUGCUAGACUCAAUGAAGGGGCCCUUCUUCACUUACCAACUGAAGGAGGAAAGGAUGGACCAGAGGGUAAUUCGAGGACUACCCAGAGAGAUGUCAACUGAGGACAUCAAAAAGGAUCUAGUGAGACAAGGGAUCGCAGACGCCGAGGUUCAACAGAUGAAGACCAGAAACACCAAGCAGCAGCUACCGCUCGACCGAGCCCAGCCAAUGCUACCGCUGCCAGCGGUACUGGCACACGCAGCGAAACUGCCGUCUCGCUGA